CCGUCGGGCGCCAAGUCACCUUUCCAUAUCCUCACCCAUGUCAUACUUCCUUCCACACCUACCCAGUGGCUGGCACGUCGAUGAAGCCAUCAAAUCUGAAGAGGACCGUGUCGUUGUGAUCCGCUUUGGCCACGACUGGGACCAUCAAUGCAUGACGAUGGACGAGACCCUCUACUCUGUCGCAGAGAAAGUGCAGAACUUUGCGGUCAUCUACCUCGUAGAUAUCACUGAAGUUCCGGAUUUCAACAAGAUGUACGAGUUAUACGAUCCGUGCACCGUCAUGUUCUUCUAUCGUAACAAGCAUAUCAUGAUUGAUCUCGGAACUGGUAACAACAACAAGAUAAACUGGGCAAUGAACCACAAACAGGAGCUGAUUGAUAUCGUCGAAACUGUUUACCGCGGAGCCUCCAAGGGCCGUGGUCUUGUCGUAUCUCCCAAAGAUUACUCCACUCGUUACAGGUAUUAGACUUAUCUCUGUGCCUCUUGCGGUCUUCUACCCUGCACUCGUGCCAAAUUAUGUAUAGCAACAAACGUGAUGUAUACCUGUGUGUUUCCCGCU